AACGCAUUUCCCCUAUCCGUUAUCUGCAAAACCAAUGGCUACCAAUAUGCUGUUGCUAUCCCCACCCCCACACCUUCUCCGCUCUCUCCCAUUUCACAACAAAAAACUACAUCCAUGGCAGCACCACCACCACCCUCCUCCAACUCCAAAACAAAACAAACUUCGUGUCUCACUUCACAACCCUUCAUUCUCAUCAUCUUCAGCUCUAGCCGAAUUCAUCACCCACCAACAAAUACUAAACCCCAACACUCUUUUAUUGCUUACAGAGAGUGCUUCUGGUUACUCUUUAGCAAGUUAUUAUACUUCUCUUGGCCUUUUUGUUAUCUCUGUUCCUGGUCUUUGGUCGCUCAUCAAACGUUCUGUUAAAUCCAAAAUAGUAAAGAAGACUUUCAUAGAUGAAGGUGGAAAUAAGGCACCGAAUCUGGUUGCAGGCGAGAUACUAUCAUUCUUUACCCGUAAUAACUUUGCGGUGGUUGAUAGAGGAGAAACAAUCACGUUUGAAGGAAUGAUGGUUCCCAGCAGAGGGCAAGCAGCACUGUUAACUUUCUGCACUUGCAUCAGCCUGGCAAGUGUUGCCCUUGUGCUCACCAUAACCGUGCCUGAUGUUGGCAAUAAUUGGUUUUGGUUAACCAUCUUAAGUCCGCUGGCAGGCGCUUAUUACUGGACUCGAGCAUCCAGGAAGGAGCAAAUUAAGGUGAAACUGAUAGUUAAAGAAGAUGGAACCUUAUCAGAGAUUGUUGUUCAAGGUGACGACCAACAAGUCGAGCAAAUGAGAAAGGAUCUUAAGUUUAGUGAAAAGGGCAUGGUUUAUGUUAAAGGGCUUUUCGAAACAUGACUUACUUUACCAGAUGACAAAACAGAAUGAUUGUACACGGAUUAAUGGACAUACAGAAAGAAGACACCAUGAACGAACCCAAAGCCAAAGCCAAAUGUCUGUGAACAAUCAUGUUCAAGCAGCCAGCUGACAGUUUUGAUGUUGCCUCAGGCACCUAGUUCCACUUAAGAUCCUUUUGAUUCUUAGUUUAAAAGAUGUAAUCAUAUUCAACAUGUUCAACAGCUUAGUGCUUAAUUGAUAUACAACACAACAACAUAUUGUAAGCAAAAAACAAAUGCCACAACCUAUUGGCUACGCAGAUUUCCAAAUGUUAUUUAUGACAU